AUGAAGCUUUCUCUUCACUAUUUGUUCCUGCAACUCCUAUGUCUGCCUGGAAUCUUGGCCUGGGGAGAUCUGGGUCACGAUACCACGGCAUAUCUCGCCAGCCACUUUGUUUCCUCGCCAACCAGGGACUAUCUCAAAAAUCUUUUACGUAACCACCACGACGACUAUCUCGCCGGAGUAGCCACGUGGGCGGAUCAGAUCAGGCGCCUGCGUCAAUGGAAAUUCACGACGAACUUCCAUUUCAUCGAUGCCCAUGAUGACCCCACUCACGAUUCGUGUCAAGUUGACUAUGCGCGAGACUGCAAGAAAGGAGGAUGUAUUAUCAGCGCUUUGGCCAACUACACGGAGCGGGCCCGCGAUAGAGCUUUGCCUCGAUUAGAGCGCGAGAAUGCAUUUAAAUUCCUGAUCCACUUCAUCGGUGACUUACAUCAGCCGUUGCACAACGAAGACGUUGCGAAAGGCGCAACUGAAAUCCAAGUUCGGUGGCAAAAUCGCCAAUAUAGCUUGCAUGCGGUUUGGGAUACCCAUAUCCCCGAGGAAAUGACACAACAUCUGGGCACCGGGCCAACAGGAACUGCAAUGCAGUGGGCAGAUGAAUUAGCCAGCGAGAUCACCAGUGGCAAAUAUGCAACCGACAAGGAAAGGUGGUUGGAUCAAUUCAACCCAACAAGUCCUAAUGUGACUGCCAUGGCCUGGUCAAAUGAAGCCAACCAUUAUGUAUGCACACAUGUCUUCCCGUCUGGAUUAAAACCCAAACAAAUUGCGCACAAGAACCUCUACACUAAUGGAUACUACGACCAAGCCGCUCCGGUUGUCGAGGAGCAAAUUGCUCGUGCGGGUUUCCGAAUGGCCGCGUGGCUGGAUGAUAUUGUCAGUUCACUUCAGGCUGAGGAGGGAAGCAAUGAAGCCGUUGACGACGAGUUGUGA